CUCGGUGCUGUUCCCCCAAUCCCUUCUCCCCCGCACAUCUUGCUCGGCCGUCGUGGGUUGCAUCGCCGCCGCAGAAAUUGGAGCGCCCGCCGGCUACCGCACAGGUCGCGGGUGGUGGUUGAGCGCGCGCGCGGGGCGGAGGCGCGAGAGGCUGCGGUGGUGCGCGCGGGGACUGCAGAAGAGAGGUGGAGUGGGUGAAGGUCGCCGCGGUGCUCUGUCUCCAAUCCGCCAAGGGGUGCGGGGUGAAGGUCGCCGGCGACGCUGCAUUUCCGGCGAGGGGACUUGCCACGGAAUUUCUGAGCAUCAACAAUGUCUGAGACAAGCAAAAAAAAGUGACGGUCAGGUCGCACAAGCAAGCCAACAGGGUGUAGAUGAAAUAGAGCGUAGGUACGCCCACCACAGCAACAAAACAUGCCGGUAAUUGUCUAUAAGUGUAUGCGCACUAAAGAGAUCAUCUAUCGCGGGAAGCGCCCAUCAUACAUAGAUAGUAAUACCAGUGCACCAGAUGCAUUUAGAAGGCAAGGAUAUCAUGCAAGAGGAGGAAUCGAAGCCAAAACGGCGGAGGACAGGCAAAAACGAGUAGGAACUAAUGGAUGGAUCAAGCAAAAAGGGCAUUCAAGAAGAUCAUCAUGCAGUUAAUCGUGAUGCCGAUCCCUCGCAUGCGAUUGAAUAUCAUCAAGAGGGCUGGAGAAGCACACCCUUUAUUGGGUACCAGCAUCGGGGAAGAAAGAAGAUUGCUGCCCGUGGCAAAUGUCCGCUAGACAUCAACAACAAUCCGAGUGUUUCCAUAGAUGGUGAUGGAAAUGUUGAGAAAGACACUGCUGUGGAACAACCACCAAAAGCAAAAUGUCAAAAGACCAGAUCUAAUGAGGAUAAGAGAAACAAGGCAUCGUCUGCAAGGCUUUUCAAGCUGAAUAAACUUCUUGUACAUGUUCAACAAGGCCAAGCUCAAGUCACUUUCAGUCAAUUUCUGACACAGCCUUAUACAGAUCAUGGGGAAAGAGAAAGGGAGGCUUGUGUUCUUCAGUAAGCCAGGGGACAGGGAUGAAAGAAGCACACAACCAUGGGGGAAAGUGAAAGUUAAAUCUGACCUUUUUUUGUGCUUCUUCUACCCUUAGUCAAUAUGAAUUGCCUGGAGAACAAAUCCUAAACCAGCCACCAUUGGAGGAUUGUGGAGAGUUUUCUGGAUCUGGGAGUUGUCCCUUUGUGGCUUGGGAGAGAGAAGAAG